CUAAAAAAAAGUGAUCCUAAAGUGGAUUUAGCCAAAGAAUGUUUUCAAAAUGCCAUAAACAUUUCAUAUGGUUGUAAUAUACCGGCUAUUUAUAGCUUAGGCAGAUUACUAAGAGCGUGUGAAGAGACCGAUGAAGCUCUUAAGCGAUUUAACCAAAUUACUCAUCAGACUUCAAAGGAAGCUUUCCCCAAAAGUAACGGCGAGGAACUGCAAGGACAUCACGAGUAUUUAAGCACGGUCACUAAAGCCUAUGAACAAGCAGGCUAUUGUCUUCUAGAUCUUGCAAAGGGUACGGGGAAAACGAAAGAAGACUGCGAAAUAUUAAAAACUAAAGCAGAGCAGAAGUUUUUGAAAGCCAUUAGUUUGACUGCCACUUUGUGUAAUAUUCAUCCAGAAAUAAAACGAUAUGAAAUGCAGAUAUUUAAAGCGUUCACAAUCCUAGAAGACCAAUAUGAAGAAACGAAAGAAUCC